AUUACAUUUAUGCAGUAGUCAUGGAAAGCUACGUAGUACGUUUGCUAAUUAUUGUAGGCAUCAUUUUAGCGUUUGGAGCGCUGCCAAGUCAAUCAGGAGGUGCCGAUCCAUUCACAACAAUCGAAAUAAAAGAACAGCUGGUCCAAAAACAGCGGCAUCUACUGCUGGUCCAAAAGGGGAGAUGGCAACGGCCAGUCCACGAGAUGCAUUGUCAACUGCUUUUCCGAAGAGUUUAUACGCUACGUCUCCGAGUGGUUCAACAAAUACAAAUUGUGUUUGUAAGAAUGGAAACAGUCAAGGGAGAUCUGAUCAACAACAUGAUAACAGUGUUCAGGGAAUAAGCGCAAGUUACACUCUGUUAGUUACAGUCCUAACAUUGAAGUGUGCAAACAUGUUCAUCUAAAUUCCGUGUAAAUGGAUUUGUGAUUUUGAAAUACUUAUUCCGGCUUUUAAAUUUGUAUCAAUGUUUCAGUUUUUCAAUGAUUAAGAAUGUGAUCUUCAGAGGAGAAAGUAUGACAGGAACGACGGAUAAAUAACAGUAUCAAAGAGUAUGAAUCUGUAUCUUAUGAUUUUUUGUUUUAAAUUAUAAAGUGUAAAAUGAUUUUAUUAUCAUAAUUGUGUGGACGGUUUUCUAAAUAGAU